AUGUUUAUGAAUGAGAGUUUUUGUUCAUUAAAUUCCACAAUAUCAUCUCACUGUUCGUCAUGUUUCUAUGGACCUGUUUGUCAAUUUAGUACAACAUAUUAUAGUAUUAUAUCAUUACAAACUUUAUUAUGUUCAUUUGAAUAUAUUCCAACUGGUAUACUUAUUAGUAUUUUUUUAUUCAGUAGUAUAUGUAAUUUAUUUUCUAUUGGCACAUUUUGUCAAUCAAAUGCACGUGAAAUGGGUAGUGGUAUCUAUCGUCUUUGGAUUUCAAUUAUUGGGCAAUGUGGUCUGACAAUUAUUGUUAUUCAUAUACUUAUAGAGAAAAAUAAUAGUGGAAUAAUAGGUUGUUUUAUUUUAGAAUAUCUUCGUAAAGCUCUUCAUGCUUCAUAUGAUUCAUUAACAGCAUGUACAACAUUAGAACGAACGAUGGUUAUCUAUCAAGGUCUUGCAUUUAAUAAAAUACAUAGUCGACGAUUAGCUAAAUUGAUUAUACCUAUAUUAAUAAUAUAUCAUUUUCUUAAUAUUUUUUAUGAACCAUUUUAUCGUCAAUUAAUUUAUUCAUUGAAUCGAUAUUGGUGUAUAUUGAAAUUUUCUAAUCAUUCAAUUAUUAUUUAUCAAAGUGUAACAAAUAUAUGUCAUUUUAUUUUACCUUAUUUUAUUAAUUUAAUUUUACCUAUUAUAUGGGUUUUGGCUUUAACAAAAAAGAAAUUAAUAUUAAAUAAAAAUCUUUCAAUUUGGAUCAAUUUAAAAAAUAUUUUAUUUACUUAUAAGUAUACAAUCAUUAGUUGUUAUAUUCUUGUUCUUCUUAAUACACCUCGAUUGAUUUUUACAUUUUAUUUAACUUGUAUUAAAUUACAAUGGCAAAAUACAGUUUACAUUAUUGCUUAUUUUCUUUCAUUGGUUCCAUUAAUGGCUAAUCUAUUUAUUUUUGUUUUACCAUCACCAAAAUAUCGACCAGAAUUUUUUAGUUUAGUUCAACGUAUCAUAAAAUAUCGACAUAGAAGUCAAUAUGCUUCAACAUAA